AUGACUCUCAGAUGCCCAAGCACCACAAUGCCUUUCAGAGGUGAUUUCACACCCUUUGCUUUUUGCUUCUCUUUGUUUUCCUCUGGGAAAGCAUGAGCAGCCCUGGAGGCUUCCUCCCAGGAGAGCACAUGCAACUGUAUUUACAGCCCCAGCACCACAAGCUGGGCUCUUGGAGUCUGGCAGGAGCUCCCCUCUCUUCACAUCAGGUGCUUAACAGAGGUGAUGCCUGUGUGUGGAUGUUCUCUGCUGCACUGGGGAUAAACCCUUGGCUCCCAUCACUCGGUGACAGAGGGAAGGCACAGGAGGUAACACCUGGUCAUGAGAGGAAAUCACACGCAGACUAAAUUCAUCCUGUUGGGAAUUACAGACAGCCCAUAUGCGCAGGCUCCUCUUUUUGUCUUGUUUCUAUUGAUUUACAUUGUCACUUUGGUGGGGAACUUUGGCAUUAUCAUCUUGGUUCGGGUGUCUCCCAGCCUCCAUACCCCCAUGUACUUCUUCCUCACCCAUUUUGCCUUCACUGACAUCUGCUAUUCCACAGUCAUCUCCCCCAGGAUGCUGGCAGACCUGUUAUCAGAGGACAAAACCAUUUCUUUCACUGCCUGCAUGAUGCAGUUCCUCACCUUUGCUUUCUUUGUCACUAUUGAGUGUCACCUCCUGGCCAUGAUGGCCUACGAUCGGCACGUUGCUAUCUGCCAGCCCCUGCUUUAUGUGACCACCAUCUCCAGUCAUGUCUGCUGGCAGCUGGUAGCAUCAUCCUACCUAUUCGCCUUCCUCAGUGCCAUCAUCUACACAUGGUGCGUGUUUGGAGGUUCCUUCUGUGGUCCCAACAGCAUUGACCACUUCUUCUGUGACAAAGUUCCUGUAGUAAAGCUCGUGUGCUCCGACACCCACAGCAGCGAGAUGCUCAUCUUUGCCUUCGCCACCAUCAACGUAGUGGGCACGAGCGUGGUCAUUUUACUCUCCUACAUCUCUAUCAUCCGCACCGUGCUGAGGAUGUGCUCAGCACAGAGCAGGGCCAGAGCCUUCCACACCUGUGCCUCCCAUUUGAUGGCUGUUUCUAUAUUCUUUGGGACAGGAUUCUUCAUGUACCUACAACCUUCUUCUAGCCACGGGAGCCUGGAUAAGGUGGCCUCCGUCUUCUACACCGUGGUCACCCCAACGCUCAACCCCUUCAUCUACACCCUGAGGAACAAGGAGGUGAAGGGGGCUCUGCUGAAGUGCGGGAGGAAGUUGUUCAACCACUGGCAACAUGCAAGACUUGUAUCAUGCAGGACAUGAAUACUCUACAUCAAGUGAGAACGCCUAAACUAAUGGGAUUUUCCACUAAUCCUCAUGACUUUAUGUAGGUUCUUUCACAGUUCCUGCACAAUAGUCAGAGUAUUUAAUGAGAAAUAGAACCCCCAUCACAUCUUCCUUGGAAGGAAACCAAGAGGAGCAGGAACCUCAAACUUCAUUUCACUUCUCAGCCACCAGCUUGUAGGAAGAGAUUACCUUGAAUUAUCCCAGGCUUCUUUUUCCUCACAGGAAACACCAAUCAGCUUUAUUCAAUUCUCACUUUUGUCACUGAUAAAUAUCCACUUUUCUUGCAAGAUUCUUGACCUUGUCCCUCAGCUCCAAUAUGUGUAAUAUGUGUUUAUGUGUGUAAAUAUAUAUAUGUGUGAC